AUGAACCUGAUGGACAAGAAGAAGUACGUGGUGCAUUACCGCAACCUGCAGUUCUACGUGCGCCACGGCAUGCGCGUUAAAAGGAUCCACCGGGUGUUGAAGUUCACACAGGAGCCAUGGAUGCAGCCCUACAUCGACUUCAACACUCAGAAGCGCACAGCAGCAAAGAACGACUUUGAGAAGAAUCUGUUUAAAUUGAUGAAUAAUAGCGUAUUUGGUAAGACCAUGGAGAACAUCCGCAAGCGGGUAAGCAUAAAGAUAGCCAGCACCAGAGAGGAAGCAGAAGCAUACGUGUCACAGCCCGGAUUUGUCCGCUACGUAGAAAUGCUGAACUUCUACCUGAUUCACAUGAAGAAAGCGAACCUCUUCCUGAACAAGCCUGUCUACACAGGCUUUACAGUGCUGGAUCUGUCGAAGGUGCUCAUGUACGAGUUUUACUACGACAAGCUAAAGCCAAAGUACGGAGACCGCUGCCACCUCUUAUACACCGACACCGAUUCCUUGAUCCUCGAAGUGCAGACGGAAGACGUCUACCAGGACUGCCUUGAGGACCUCGAUGAGUACGACACCAGCGCCUACCCUAAGGAACACUUCCUUUACUCCGCGAAGAAUAAGAAGGUAAUAGGGAAGAUGAAGGACGAGAUGUCCGGCAAGCCCAUAAUAGAGUACGUGGGCCUGAAACCCAAAAUGUACAGCGUUCUCAAAAUGGACGGUGCGGAGAAGAAGGCGAAAGGCGUAAAAAAGUACGUCGUUAAGAAGGACAUUACACACGAGUCCUACUUGAAC